CCAACCCCAGAUCACAGUCUCUGCGCCUCUCUAUCACACGAGCACGAGCCUCCUCUCCACUCAAUCUCUCCAGCUCUUCGCCACCUCCUCUCUCUGAGUCCCUCACGGUGUCGUCCCUGGCCUUCCUCCAUCGCAGCCGCCGCUCACUUGACGGCAACUCUACUUCAGCAACGCCUCUGCUCAGCGAAGCCGACGACGACUCUGCUCUGUAGCCGGCCGCCUUGCAAUAAUUGCAUAAUGCAGUCAAACAUGGCUUUAUCUUCGAUGGAAGUAGAAGCUCCCCCUUCUGAGGCAAAACCAUUACCUCCAAAGCCAAAGUUCGAGCCUUUGAAGCCUCAUGAGAUGUCGGAUGGUCAGGUUCAGUUCAGGAAGGUGUCUGUUCCACAGCAUCGCUACAACCCUCUCAAGAAAGCAUGGAUGGACAUCUAUACUCCCAUAUAUGAACAGAUGAAAAUUGACAUCCGCAUGAAUUUGAAGGCUCGGAAGGUUGAACUGAAGACAAGGCCAGAUACACCCGAUAUUAGUAACCUGCAAAAAUGUGCUGAUUUUGUCCAUGCUUUCAUGAUGGGCUUCGACGUCAUAGAUGCCAUCGCUCUACUCCGUAUGGAUGAACUCUAUGUCGAGUCCUUUGAGAUCAAGGAUGUUAAGACACUUAGAGGUGAUCACUUGUCUCGCGCUAUUGGAAGAUUAUCUGGUAAAGGCGGUAAAACUAAGUUUGCAAUCGAAAAUGCAACUAAGACAAGGAUUGUGAUUGCUGACACCAAAAUACACAUUUUGGGGUCAUUUUCCAACAUCAAAAUGCAGAGAGGUUUUGAUCUUCCUAGUCAUGAUACUGGAUUUUUUUUGGGUCUAAUUCUAUAG